AUGGGCGAGGUUGUCAAUGUUUUAGUCGCGUUCGCUGUGAUAGUAUUUUUGUUCAGAUGGGCCACUUCUUCCAAUGAUACACCCGAACAACAGACAGCUAUAAACGCUCUGGGCUUUAGACCCAAGAAAGUUACCCAGGACAUGGUCACCACAAUAUCAAAUAUGUUUCCAGAUAUUCCAGCCGACAACAUUCGAUAUGACCUCCUACGAACAGGAAGCGUGGAACAGACCACUAACAAGAUCCUAGAACGCGGCUAUCUAGACGCGCCACCAGCAGCAUAUCAUACACUUUACCCUCAAACCCAAGCAGCAGCCCCUGUAUCUGCUCCCGCCACUACAUCCACCAACACCAGCAAUACGAACUUGGGCGCAGGUUCUGCUUCAGGAUCCACCUCAAAAAAGCCUGCCCCAUCACUCAUUGCCCGAUACAAUUUGCAAGAUCUUGUUAAAGAAACAGAAAAUGGGAAAGGUAAAGCUGUUGCAUCUUCCGGGCAGGAUCUUGAAGAUCCAUUCAAGGCGGGUGGAAAGGCAGUAUGGGAGGACACACCGGAGAAGCGAGAAGAGAGUUUAAGGCAAAGAAAGGCGCAGAUGGUGUUGGCAGCAAGACAGAGGUUCUUGAGCCAGCAAAAGGAAAAGGAAGCAGCAGCAGCCGGCAAGAGUUCGUAA